AUGCAAGUGUCCGUGGUAUCUCUUUCUCCUGUCUGUGUUUCAUCUUUACUGUUCAACAACGCUUCAAUUAACGGUGGAGUGUUUAAUCCUGUCAACCACCUUGAAAUUAACAGGGAUUCAUUGUCAGUGUUAGAUUAUAUAUCAGAAGAAACUGUUGGUCGUGAUGUAACAAUUGAUUUCGACGAAGCAGAAAAUAUUGAAUUUGGAAAAAGUGAAGUUUCUUUGAAUUCUGGUAAGAGUAAGUACAUAAUUACCAGAAAUAUAGGUUCAAAGUUUGAGUUUAUCAUACAUUCUGAUAAAUUAAAGAUAGAUUGUCGAUCACAAAUAGUUUCAUUUGCUCCAAACAUCAGUUUUACAUCGAAUCCUGUUGUGAUAUUCGGAGAUUCAUGGGAAUUUCUUAAUCCUGACCUUACUUCAUCAACAAAAUCUGUAAUUAGAACUUAUGCAAGAGAAAUUCAUUAUUAUUCAAUUACUCCGUCAUGGCCAAGCAACAUUUUCAACAUUACUGACAAUGUUGAAGUGUCCAAAGGAGGAUACUACUGUUUCCACUCCGAAAGUCCUAACAAAUGUCCUCCAAACUACCACGAAAUCGAAUAUAAAAGAAUUCCUAUAGCGAAAUUCCAUAAAAAUAAACUUACAAAGACGAUAACGUUUUACGUGGACCAAAGUAAUUCGUAUUCCUCCCCCUCGAUUUCGGUUUCUGCCUUGGCGAAGUUGGAAUGCAACAGAUUAACAGUAAUGUCGAAUGGUUUGUCGUAUAUGUCCAUUGUUUUGGAUAGUAAUGAGGAAAUAAGUUACCCGCUCUGCCUGAAUUUCACAAUUUUGACCUUGAAAAAGCAGAAUUCGUCAGAAUUCAAAAUUAAUAAUUUAAUUAUCAUGAAGGGAACAACAAUUGUUACCAUGGAUAAAAUUUUGGUCAUGCCAAAGAAUCUAAUUGCUUAUGAACCAAAGUUCCAUCUCUUUUCUAGAUUCUUUUUGAAUUCGAUAUGCGAUGCUGAGAUUCAUUUUUCGCAGAGCUUCAAGAAGAUAUUGCUUGGUGGUAACAAUUUCACCAUUUAUGAUAAUUCUGGAGUCCAUUUUCGCUUUGAACCGUUUAAAUCCUUAUCUUUGUACUUUGAGAAUGAAGUAUAUGACAUAAUUCGCUUGGAAUUGGCCAAAGAAUACAAGGAAGGAACUAAUUAUACGAUUCCAAGUAUUAUUUCCAAUGCAAACCAGAUUACUUUUUCAUUCCACGAAUCCUGUUAUGAAAUGACGAAGUGGAAGAAAGGAUUAAUGAGAAACCCUUCAGGAACAAUGACUUUGUCCACAAAUAAGGCGUAUUUGCCUUUAAAUAAUUUCGAUAUUCCAGCAGAAAGCGAAAAAGUCAUUUAUGAUGUUUCAAAGAAUGUUACAUCGACUCCAACGCCUUCGGACGCGUUCUUGUCGACCAAAUCCAUCGCAAUCAUUGCAUCAGUUGUAAUUUUAGUUAUUGUUGCAACACUUGGGCUUUUGGCGGUGGUUAUGAAGAGGCAUGCAGCUGAGAAGGUCAUGGUAUCCACUGAUCUACUAAUUAUAUGA